UACGUGCAGUUCAUGUGCUUAAAGUUUGAUCUGUUCUGGGUUUUUUUUUUUUCCACUGACUUAUUUUCACGUUUCAACAGAUGUUUGAUGAUGAAGUGAACAAAUGGCCGACAUCAUAAAUCCGGAGAAUGAAGGAGAUCUGCAGUCUCAAAUUGAAGAGGUCGAAGCUCUGUCUUCCAUAUAUGGCGACGAAUGGUGUGUUAUAGAUGAAGCAUCCAGAAUAUUUUGCAUCAAAAUAUCCAACGACUUAGAGGAGUCGAAACUGACAGCAUGUUUGCAGAUAAUCCUCCCGCCUGAUUAUCCGAGCGCAGCCCCGCCCAUCUACCAGAUCAAUGCAGCGUGGUUGCGAGGACUUGAGAGGGCCAAAUUGGCAAACAGCCUGGAAAACCUCUAUGUGGAGCAUGCAGGGGAGAGCAUCCUCUACCUGUGGGUGGAGAAAAUCAGAGAAUUCCUGGUGGAGAAAUCCCAGAGCACAGAAACAGUGGCUCAACCAGAAAAGGUGAACAUGACGGCUGAGGAGGAGGUGGAUGAUGAUGAUGAAGACAUACCUGACUUCAGGACUCUCAAACUGAACACAGAAAAUGCACAUCUCUUCAUGGAUCAUGCAAACGAUGAAGAGGUGCCUCCAAUAAAACAUGGAAAUACCAUCACAGACCGACGCAGCACCUUCCAGCCUCACUUAGCCCCGGUGGUGACUCCCAGACAGGUCAAAAUGGUCCUGGAGAAACUGUACGAAAACAAGAAGAUUGCCAGUGCCACUCAUAAUAUUUAUGCAUACAGGAUUUUCUGCGAGGACAAGCACAGCUUCCUGCAGGACUGCGAGGACGAUGGCGAAACCGCCGCAGGGGGGAGAUUGCUCCACUUACUGCAGAUUCUGGACGUGCGUAAUGUCAUGGUGGUCGUGUCUCGAUGGUAUGGAGGUAUUUUGUUGGGUCCUGACCGCUUCAAACACAUCAACAACUGUGCAAGAAAUAUUCUGGUGGAGGAGGGAUACACUGCGUCCUCGGAUGAAGCCACCAGAUCAGGAGCGAAGACCAAGAGGCCAAAAAGCAAGAAAACAAAAUGAACUUCAAGAGAAGAAAAAGGACUUUUACUCAAACGCAGCUGUACAGUUUCUGCUGUUUAAUUCAGUGAAAAUGUUCCUUUUAGCGGAUUCAGAUGCGUCAUAAUGGAGACGAACAGUGAUUUCUUGCGGUUACAAAUAAUUUAUUCAAAAUAAACUAAGGAAAAAAAAAAUUGUAGGAAUUUUGAAUUGUUAUUUCAGAUGGUUGCUUGAUAUUCAUUAAAACAAUCAAACCAUG